CUCCUGCGCCUGCGCCGCGGAAACGGACGGAUCGGGCGGUCGCCCGCAAGCCGGCGAGCGCACAGCCGGGAGGGCAGACGGGUCAGGCCGGCUUGUUCUUUCCCGAGAAGGGAGGAGGGGGCGGCUUUCUGGGUUUCCUGGAUUCCCCCAGACCCCGUAGCCUGCCCCGGCCGAAGAGGGAGAAGUUGAGGAGCCUCGGGACGCUCUGCCGGCUGCCGCCGCCAUGGCUGCCAUGAUGGAUCGGAAGUGAGCCUCAGGGCGACGGCUGCCGGCGCCGGCGCUUCCAGUCUCCGCUCCCCGGCCGCCCCGCCCGGGGACGCGCGGCGCGGAGUGUGCCGAAUCUCAGUGCCCCCGCGACCGCGGCUCCCUGGCGCUCCCCGGAGCGCAGACCCUCAGCUCGUGCUCGCUUCCUCCAAGACUGAGCGGCUGGGAGUGGCUCCCGGCCUGCAGCCCCUGCAGCGAGGAAGAUGGCGGAUCCGGCCGAGUGCAACAUCAAAGUGAUGUGUCGCUUCAGACCUCUCAACGAGUCUGAGGUGAAUCGCGGCGAUAAGUACGUCGCCAAGUUUCAGGGAGAAGACACGGUCUUGAUGGCGUCCAAGCCUUAUGCAUUUGAUCGGGUGUUCCAGUCAAAUACAUCUCAAGAGCAAGUGUAUAAUGACUGUGCAAAGAAGAUUGUUAAAGAUGUACUUGAGGGGUACAAUGGAACAAUAUUUGCAUAUGGGCAAACAUCCUCUGGGAAGACACAUACAAUGGAGGGUAAACUUCAUGAUCCAGAAGGCAUGGGAAUUAUUCCAAGAAUAGUGCAAGAUAUUUUUAAUUAUAUUUACUCCAUGGAUGAAAAUUUAGAAUUUCAUAUUAAGGUUUCAUAUUUUGAGAUAUAUUUGGAUAAAAUAAGGGACCUAUUAGAUGUUUCAAAGACCAACCUUUCAGUUCAUGAAGACAAAAACCGAGUUCCCUACGUAAAGGGGUGCACAGAGCGUUUUGUAUGUAGUCCAGAUGAAGUUAUGGAUACCAUAGAUGAAGGAAAAUCCAACAGACAUGUAGCAGUUACAAAUAUGAAUGAGCAUAGCUCUAGAAGUCAUAGUAUAUUUCUUAUUAAUGUAAAACAAGAAAACACGCAAACGGAACAAAAACUGAGUGGAAAACUGUAUCUGGUUGAUUUAGCUGGUAGUGAAAAGGUUAGUAAAACUGGAGCUGAAGGUGCUGUGCUGGAUGAAGCUAAGAACAUCAACAAGUCACUUUCUGCUCUUGGAAAUGUCAUUUCUGCAUUGGCUGAGGGUAGUACAUAUGUUCCAUAUCGAGAUAGUAAAAUGACACGAAUUCUUCAAGAUUCGUUAGGUGGCAACUGUAGAACCACUAUUGUAAUUUGCUGCUCUCCUUCAUCAUACAAUGAGUCUGAAACAAAAUCUACGCUCCUUUUUGGUCAAAGGGCCAAAACAAUUAAGAACACAGUUUGUGUCAAUGUAGAGUUAACCGCAGAACAGUGGAAAAAGAAGUAUGAAAGAGAAAAAGAAAAAAAUAAGACCCUACGGAACACUAUUCAGUGGCUUGAAAAUGAACUCAAUCGAUGGCGUAAUGGGGAGACGGUGCCUGUUGAUGAACAGUUUGACAAAGAGAAAGCCAACUUGGAAGCUUUUACAGUGGAUAAGGAUAUCACUCUCACCAAUGAUAAACCAGCAGCCACGAUUGGAGUUACUGGAAACUUUACUGAUGCAGAAAGAAGAAAGUGUGAAGAAGAAAUUGCUAAAUUAUAUAAACAACUUGAUGACAAAGAUGAAGAAAUUAAUCAACAGAGCCAGUUGGUAGAGAAACUGAAGACACAAAUGUUGGAUCAGGAAGAGCUUCUUGCAUCUACCAGAAGGGAUCAAGAUAAUAUGCAAGCUGAGUUAAAUCGCCUUCAAGCAGAAAACGAUGCAUCUAAAGAAGAAGUAAAGGAAGUUUUACAGGCCUUAGAGGAACUUGCUGUCAAUUAUGAUCAGAAGUCUCAGGAAGUUGAAGACAAAACCAAGGAAUAUGAAUUACUUAGUGAUGAACUGAAUCAGAAAUCGGCAACUUUAGCAAGUAUAGAUGCUGAGCUUCAGAAACUUAAGGAAAUGACCAAUCACCAGAAAAAACGAGCAGCUGAGAUGAUGGCAUCUUUACUAAAAGACCUGGCAGAAAUAGGAAUUGCUGUAGGAAAUAAUGACGUAAAGCAACCUGAAGGAACUGGCAUGAUAGAUGAAGAGUUCACAGUUGCAAGGCUCUAUAUUAGCAAAAUGAAAUCCGAGGUAAAAACAAUGGUAAAACGCUGCAAACAGUUAGAAAGCACACAAACUGAGAGCAACAAAAAAAUGGAAGAAAAUGAAAAAGAGUUAGCAGCAUGCCAGCUUCGUAUCUCUCAGCAUGAAGCCAAAAUCAAGUCAUUGACUGAAUACCUUCAAAAUGUUGAGCAAAAGAAAAGACAGCUGGAAGAAUCUGUCGAUUCUCUGAGUGAAGAACUAGUCCAGCUUCGAGCACAAGAGAAAGUCCAUGAAAUGGAAAAGGAGCACUUAAAUAAGGUUCAGACUGCAAAUGAAGUUAAGCAAGCUGUUGAACAGCAGAUCCAAAGCCACAGAGAAACUCAUCAAAAACAAAUUAGUAGUCUGAGAGAUGAGGUUGAGGCCAAAGAAAAACUUAUUACUGAUCUUCAAGACCAAAACCAGAAAAUGAUGUUAGAACAGGAACGCCUGAGAGUAGAACAUGAAAAGUUAAAAACUACAGAUCAGGAAAAGAGCAGGAAACUACAUGAACUUACGAUUAUGCAAGAUAGACGAGAACAAGCAAGACAAGACUUGAAGGGUUUGGAAGAGACAGUGGCAAAAGAACUUCAAACUUUACACAACUUACGGAAGCUUUUUGUUCAAGACCUGGCUACCAGAGUUAAAAAGAGUGCUGAGAUCGAUUCAGAUGACACUGGAGGCAGUGCUGCUCAAAAGCAAAAAAUCUCCUUUCUCGAAAAUAAUCUUGAACAACUCACUAAAGUGCACAAACAGUUGGUACGUGAUAAUGCAGAUCUUCGCUGUGAACUACCUAAGUUGGAAAAGCGACUUAGAGCUACAGCUGAGAGAGUGAAAGCAUUGGAGUCAGCACUGAAAGAAGCCAAAGAAAAUGCUUCUCGUGAUCGCAAACGCUAUCAGCAAGAAGUAGAUCGUAUAAAGGAAGCAGUCAGGUCAAAGAAUAUGGCCAGAAGAGGACAUUCAGCACAAAUUGCUAAACCUAUUCGUCCUGGGCAACAUCCAGCAGCUUCUCCAACUCAUCCAAGUGCAAUUCGUGGAGGAGGAAGUGGCGCAUUUGUUCAGAACAGCCAGCCUGUGGCAGUACGUGGCGGGGGCGGCAAACAGGUGUAAGCGUUAACAUGUGCCCACAGGUGUUGAAAAAGAAUUGAAGUAUGAAGAGGACAUAGUAUCAAGCAGAGUCAUUCAGUGACUAAUCUCUACCCCCUGGGAUUGUAGAAUUAUAACCUUUUUAAUGUACAAAUUGUACCUGGCCUGUACAGCUGUUUCCUACCGACUCUUGUAAACUCUGCUGCUUCCCAACACAACUACAGUGCAAUUUUGGCGUCUUAGGAGGGGGAAAAAAAACGACAGUUUACAACUGUGGCCCUAUUUAUUACACAGUUUGUCUUUCGUGUCUUAAAUUUAGUCUUCACUGUGCCAAGCUAAUCGUACCUUAUAGGGUUGUGCUUUUUGUUUUUGUUUUUUUUGUGUGUGUGUGUUUAAUUUUUAAUCUCAGUUUAAAUUAACUAGCUGCUAUUGCUUCUUUUUCUUUUCUUAUUAAAAUGUCUUCCUUAUUUUAGGGAUGAAACAUUUAGAUUAAAUGUCUUACAUUUUACCACUUACAUGCAACACUACAUGCCCACAAAAUACAUCAGGUCAGUACUGUAUUUAAAAUCCCUUUAAGUGAUUUCAGGGCUAAAAUUAUUUGUAUUGUUUCUGAAAUUUGCUUCUGAAAACUACCAUUUGAGCACUGAAACCUUAAAACUGCCCGAACUAGGCAUUUGAGACCGAACAAGGCUACUUAAUUAAAUCUCAUGAAAUGCCUGAUGCUGAGUUAUUUUGAAUAGGAAUGCUUCACAAUAUCAAAAGCAAAUGUAAGAAGGAGAGUUUGAAAAAAGGAAUUGUAUUUCUCUUCUUCCUGAUUCUAUACUCAAUAUAGCUUGAUGGAAUGAAAAUACCCUGCUUCAUUCUGGUGAGCCUACUAGCUAAUAAAAGAUUUGGAUAGGUGAUAAUUUAUUAUCUUUCAUAUAGUGAAAUGAAUGAAGAUAUUACAGAAUUAGACAUAAUUUCUUACUAGUAUUGUAUUGGUUGAUGUAAAUUUAUUGCCUAUGGAAAUUGAGAAAAAAUGUGAAGAAACAGGACAGAUAUAUGGUGAAUUAAAAAAUACGUAGGUAUAUUUUGGUCUGAAAUUCCGGAGGUGUUUUUAAACUGCUACACUAAGUCAUACACUAUAAUUUAUUUUUUGUUUAGCCUGGAAAUAAUGAAUUGUUUGCAAGUCACUCAUGCUCAUUAAAUAAAUUAUUUUGUUAGCUAUAGCCCAUUGUUUUGUAAUUAGUACUAAGUGUCUACCUAUUUUUGUCACUUCUUCCUCAGAUGAUUAAACUAAGUCAACAGUUUAAUAAAAGUAAUAGGAAAAAGAUGUCAAUAUCUGCUUCAUCAUGGGGGGAUGACUGUUCUAGCAGAAAUUAGGAGAAAAUGGGGGUUUAAGAUACUCAGUAGAAAAACUUGGAAAGUUCUGUGUUAGGGUAUGGCUGGUAGAAUUAACUUUUUGAAAAAGUUUUAUACACAGAUAUUUGUAUUAAAUUUGGAGCCAUAGUCAGAAGACACAUCAUAAUUGGCUUAUUUUUCUAUUUCCUUAACUAUUGUAAUUUCCACUUUUAUAUUAAUUUUGAUUUAAAAGAUAAAUUUAUUUAUUUAUUUUUUUAACAGUCAAAACUUCUUGCUAUUGUAGUCUGCAACCUUUAAAAUGAUUGUGUUGCAUUUAGGACCGAUAAAAAGAAACACUCCAGGAAUUGAGAUGAAAUCUUGGUGCAGUGAAACAGAAGUAAUGCAGCUAACUGUUAAAAAAAAAAAAAAAAAGUGCUAUAGCAUAUUUUUGAUGAUAGUUCUCUAAAUGGAGAAACAUUUGGCUGCAUUCAUGUAGACAUUUAUAUUUUGUUUUCAAAUGAAAAACAUGCUUCUUUGACAACAUUCAUAAAUGAAGCAGAAUUCUUUAUAUCUUGUCUGAAUAUGGUAGUUUCAUUCCUGUAAGUAAUGUAUAUGGGUAUUAGUGCUGUGAAAGAAACAAUAAAUUUGUAACUAGCAUGUUAGUUUUUUUUUUUAUCUUAGUGUUUCUUUUCUAUUUAUAAUUUCAGACCUUUCACAGAGUGUGUCAGGAAUUUCAUAAAUUUGUUUUCAGUGGAACUGUUUCGUUUUACUAUGGUAGGUCAUUAAACAGACCAUUUACUCUUGUAAAUGAAAUUUUCUCUUCCUUUAGAACACUGACACUUCAAUUUGCAGUCUCUUUUUUUUUUUUUUUUGACUGGGUAUAUUAACGUUCCUCUGAAUGGCAUUGCUAAAUGACUCAGAAGAGAAACUCAAUGAAAUAAAAGUAAUAUUUAUUCAUGGUGAUCAGUUAAAUUAUUUGCCUAACUUAAGAGUACUAACUACUGUGUGUAGCCCUCAAUUAGACACGAGAUGACAGAGAAGAGUCAGUCUACCUGUGGAAUAUGUUGGUUUAUUUUCAGUUCUUUGAGAUACAUUCAGACAUAAUUGGUUUGGGGAGGACGCCAUAUAAUUUUAAGGUAACCUGCAUGCUGUAAAUGUGUUUCAUGUUUAAAUAAAGAGGAAAAAUUUUUUGAAAUGUAA